AUAGUCUAUAACAAACGCUAGCGCUGUUUCCUACACAAGCGAAAACUAACAAUACGUGUUGGAUGACACCGCCUUGUGGUAGGAUGGUUAAGAACGCUACCAUUUCCACACACUACAUUCCAACAAGGAAAAUAAGAUAGUGACAGACAAGUUUGAGUGAUUCUCGUACUGCGAGGGUGUUUGUCACUAACAACUGAAAUGGCACUAAAUGAACGCUUAGAAGAAUUGAAGAGAACUAGAGGGGAGCUCCAGUUACAAAUAGACAAGGCAGAAGAGGAAAAAUGUUUAAAAGAAAAGGAAAUAAAGAAGCUAUCUUCUGAUCUUUCACGAAUAAACCAAGUACUAGAUGACAAAAUAGCAAAGAGAAAUGCACUUGACAAAACAAUAAGUGAAACGGAAGGCGCAUAUGUUAAGAUAUUGGAGAGUUCCAAAGUAUUGCUGGACAUGAUCAGAAGAGAAACAAUGACAGUGAAACACUCAUUAACGAAGAAACCAGUAUCAAAAGACUUACCAGUAUCAAAUGAUGUUCAUUAGCAGUUAAACUGAAUGCACAGAAAUCUAAUAGCUGCAAUGUUCUAUCUUUGUUAUACUGACUGUUUUGAGAAUUUCUGCCACUAUUUUUAUUUAUCACAAAUUUAAAGAAGAAAAAUGAUGAUGUAUCUACAUUUAAUUGAAUCUGUUACUAUAUUUUAGAUGUGCUGCUUUUCUGCACAAGAACUAUCAUCCAUUUUUUUGCAAUAAAGUUAUUCUAGACAG